AUUCUGAUUGGAAACGAAUGACACAUUUGCCCAAUAGAAAAGGGCAAAAGAAACGGUAAAAUUAUUUUUCAUUGAAUGAAAAUUCUUCAGCGAUGCAUAUUCGGUGAAUACACGGAGUUUUUCGCCGUCGGCUACAAUAAAACAAAAGAAAUUAAAAAUACUUCAGAAAAUAAGAAGGCAAGAAAUGUUGUAAGCGUUUGUGAGAUGUCAUAAUACAAUAAUAACGAAUUGUUUGUGCGCGAGUGAAGUUGAUUAGUUGAGAAAAAUCGUUUGUGUAUUUCAGUGCAGUGCAAAAGUAAAAAUUUAGAAUUAGAAACGAUAAAAGCUAACAAAAGCGAAUGGUGUACAAUAAAUUGUCUAAACAAGUAAUAGAUUUGGAAAUUUUGUUAUUAAUUUAAAUAAUUAUUAUAACGAGAAGUAGUGAAUAUUUAACAACAAUAAGUAAGUAAAAGGAUCAGCGUUGAGUUGUUGUGCAAAAAAAUCUCACCCAAGGCCACUUUGCCCAAAAUAGAUACAUGCAAGUGCAUCCAAUUGGCUGAUUGUGCGUGGUUGUUAUUGUUUGAAGCGUUACGUGACACGCAAAAAUUAAUUACAUAUGUGAAUAAAUGUUUUUAAUUUUUAACAAAGAUUUGCCGCGAAUACAUUUUGCAAAAGUUGUGUAAGUGCGUUUAUUCAUUUUCGGUACAAGAGUCUUCAUUCAUUAUAUGAACAACACAACAAACAUCCUCGUACGGCCGUACAUUUAAUUUGGCAGUUCAUGUAAACUGACUUAUUUAGGAUUUUUAUCUACAUUUAUCAUUUACAUUCGCUUGUUCCUACAGUAUUAUAAGCUAUAUAUCGGCUUUGCCAAAAGAAACGUCAACAUCCACGGCAACCGAGCUAUGGAAAAUGAAAAUAAACAAACUGGAAAAUAAUUAAAACAAACAUCGGCAUGAAAAGAAUCUGCACAGAAAAAAUCUAAAUGCAAAUAUUGAAAUUGCGAAUGCAUAAGGCGGACGCCCAGUGAAUCCACGUCAAUCACAACAUCAACAAAGUCUGGUGUACGCGUAGGCUUCUCGCAACGUCUAAGCAGCCACACUAACUAAUUCACACCAACAACUAACUGUAUGUGUGUGUGUGUGUGUGUGAACGAGACGCUCUAAAAACAUUAAGAAAGAAAUAAAAAUAAAGUAAAAAUCAGUGCAUUGAAAGUGAAAACAAAAAUUGCGAAUCAAGUGACGAGCUUUUUGUUCGCGCCACGCGGCGCGUCAUGAUUUCCAUUUCAUUUUAUGUUAAUAACAAUUGUAAAGAAAGUGCGCGCCACCGCCGCACGCCAUGAACGAGGCAAACAUUUACUAAAACUACUGCUGUUUAUACGUGUAUGUGUGUGUCUGCGUCUGUAUGUGUACGUUUUUGUGCAAAUCGAAAUUGUAAAAGAAAAUAAGUGCAACGAAGACGACGCUAAGAAUAGCAUACAGCACCGGACCGACCAAGCACAGGCCAAUAAUGCGCUGUUGCGCACACACUCUACCCUGCCCCUCUGCUAUAGACACAUCGCCUUCAGCCACGCAACGCCGCAAUCUCGGCUGCACUUAAGGCGGGGGGAAAUAUUUACGCUGCUGUAGUUCGACGUAGAAUGCUAUCCAAUUUUCACAAAUUAAUGCGGUGCUCUUCGAGCGUAUUGCAAUCAUCAGCACCUUUGGUUGGCCGCCAUGGCGGCGGCGGCGGCGUUGGUGCUGGUUUUGCCGCCGGUGUUGGUAGAUCCAAUUCACCAGCUUUAUCCUUUAACAUCAACGAUGACGAUCCCAAUAUUGCCACUUGCUCGGGACGCGGCGACUGUCUGAAUGGCACAUGCCUCUGUGAGAUCCGUUAUGCCGGCGAUGAGUGUAGUGGCUUCAAUUUACCAUACUAUGCCGGCAUCUCGGCGGUUUUCUACUUUGUCGCUUUGGUUUCCGUCGUGCAACUUUGCAUCUGCAUUGUGGCGGAGUAUCAGCGCUUGAAACAGCCCUCGUUACUGCGCGCCUGUCGGCUUACAACACAAAAGGUCUUAUACUUUCUGGUAUUCGUGGCCGCAUCGCUGCGCGGUGCAUUCUUUACGACACCGUUGGAUUUACAGCCACAAUGGGCCGUCACACUGAUGUCUGCAUAUUAUCCGAUGUUAAUGACCUGCGCAUCACUCAUCGUUUGCAUGUGGGCUGAGAUUUUCCAUUUACGCGACAUCCGUUGGGAGAAGUCACAAUUUCUAUCGAAGAGUUUUCUUGGCUUUGUAGCAUUUAACUUAUUCCUCUACAGCUUAUUCGGCGUUGAGGUAUUCUCUUCGUUGAUUGUCGCCGAUCGGCAGAAUUAUGCGCACAUCUUCAACGGCUGCUAUGCAGUACUCUUGCUGAUUGUGGUCGUUUUCUUUUUGAUUUAUGGCGUCGAAGUGUUUUUCAAAUUGCGCGGCGGCUUCGUUUACGAUCAGACUGGCAAAAUACUGGGACCCAGCGAAGCGAUUGUAAAUGCCUCACAACUGCACCAGUCACGUUUGGGUCUAUUAUCACAGGCGAUUAUGUUAAUCGUCAUUGUGGGCUUCCUGACAUCAGAGACAUUGGGCGAUUUCUGGAAAACAAAAGUGCCAGUUUACUCGCGCAAUUGGCAUGACAUUGUCUUCCGCAUUGUAGAGAUGGGUGUGGCUGUUUGGUUCCCCUGUUGCUUGUGGAAUUCAAUGGCGCCCGAACAGCUGUGGAUCUUAAAUCCACGUAAAUUGCUGUCGCGUCAAAUUGACCCAUCCAUACCGACCACAUCGGCGGAAACCAAAAGCCUCUCACCCGAGGAAGGUCAAUCGUUUUUGACGAAAAAAGACUGUUGGAUUUGUUAUGAUAGUGACAAGCCCGAACCGCUCAUACAGCCAUGUCGUUGCACCGGCGAUGUUAGUUCUGUACAUCAUGAGUGUCUCAAACGUUGGCUCGUGGAGAGUUGUAGUUCGUCAGAUGCGCAAUUGUCGUGUAAAGUUUGUGGUUUCCCGUAUGAAAUUGAGAAGAGCAAAAAACUCGACUGGGAGAAGGGCUUCAACAUGCAGCACUGGACCAAGACAAUCAUACUGAUCACGCUGAUGUGUGUCGCCGGCGCCAGCGCCUGGGUAGUCAUCCAACUGUAUGUUGAUCCGCUUGUACGCGUACUCACUGUCGGCAUUGCCGUGCUUAUUGGCUAUGUGUGUGUCAAGUGUUUGGGUGAAAACACAGUGGUGGCAUAUCAACGCGCCAAAGUCAGCUCAAUUAAUAUAGUGACGAAAUCGGAAAUGGAAAAGCUGCAUACCAUCUGUCAAGACGUGGGCGAACGGCCAACAACAACAGCGGCAGCAGCAGCGGCGGCCGCAGCUGCAGCCAGCGCUGGACCAACAGCAACAACAAGCGCUAUGGUAGCCAACACUGUGCAAUGAUUAUGACCCGAUGAGGAUGGUGGCAGUGUUGUGGAGUCGGAGCACACACACUUGUUGGACGCUGAAGGUGAGGAACAGCAAAAACGGCACGAGCGUUUGGUGGAAGUGAAACAGGUGAAUGGCCGGGUGACAGUAGCAGCCACGAAAAUAGCACCACCGAAUACGAUUAUUAGUCUAACUAAUGUAACGGAGAAGAAACGAAAUAAACACUAACUGACUGGUAAUGGAAAUGCGGAGUAAAUGCGACAACAAUAACAGCAACAACAAUGACAAUUGCAACGAUGACGCGACGUGGACGACAGCGCAUGCGUUCCAAGGCAAGUUAAUUAAGUUGGACUAUGACUUUACACAACAACAGCAAAUUACUGCAGCAAUUAUGAGAAGAAAUAUUAUAAUUAUAAAAAUAGAAAUAGAAAUACAAUAAUAUUACUCAUUUGGUUUAAGCAACAUUUACAAUUAACUUUCAUACAUACAUACAUACAUACCUACAUACACAAGGACAACUUAAAAAGCCGGCCAGCCAAGCCAAAGUAAAUAAACGAGCGAGUGAUGGAGGAUAAUUGUAAUAAAAUUUACAAAAAAAACAAACAAGGACAUCGCCUCGUUGGUGUUAUUUUAAGUUGUCUUUUGUGCGCAAACGCGAGAACUUUGAUCUGAGUUAAAUGCGAGAAAAAUGUAAAACUUCUCAAGCAGUCGCGUGCAUUUUUCAUAUAUUCACAUAUACAUAGAUACGUACAUACAUACAUACAUACAUACAUAUUUUAUAAUUUAAUGUUUACCAAAUCAAAGCGUAAAAUCGUGAUCUUGGCGCAAAUAUGACUCGCAUACAAAUAUUGGCAUCGCAUUCAUUAAUUUCAUGUUUCUAUUCACGAAUUUGUUCACUCGAUUCUCUAUGUUAAAAAAAUAAGAAUUUCAUUAUGCAUAUUUUUUAACUUUUUCGUAUUUCGAAAACUAAAUUUUGAGCAAUUUUGUGAAGUUAUUCAUAUUUUUUCGGCAAGCACUCAAAUAUCGCAAAUCAAAAGAUGUUAAAAUUGAAAACAAAAACAAAAUAUAAAAAAUUGUAUAAUAUGCCAAAUCUACAUACAUACAUACAUGCAAACAUAAAUAAAUGUGUACACAUUUUCAUUGCAAAACUUGUGUUGUAAAAAUGCAAUUUGCGAAAACAAAAACAAAAAAUAUUUAAUAUACCAUACAUAAAUAGUAAUAGCAAACAACCGUCAGUAUCAUUGCAAUUGAGAUUAACUACAAAUGUUUAAGUAAAAAUAUGAAUUAACAAUAAAAGGCUUUCAAAGUACAUGUUAAAUUACAUAUACAAUACAUAUAGUAAUUAACAACUAACAUAUAUUAACACAAUAAUGAAGUUUGACGCGCCAAAUACACCAAAGUGGAGAAAACAAUGAGCUUGGAAAUAUUUAAUAAAUUAAACUUUUUUCUAUCAAAACUUUUGAAAACUUGAAGCUGUAAAAAUUAUAAUUUAUGUUAGAAAAUAUUUUUUCUCAAAAAAAAUUUUAAAAUAUUUUUCGAAAAAAAAUUUAAUAUUUUUCAAAAAAAGAAUUAAUAUUUUUCGAAAAUAAAAUUAAUAUUAAAACAAAUUUUAAAAUAUUUUUCGUAAAGAAAAAACAAAAAUUUGUAUCAAUUAAGAAAACAUACAGCUUUAUUUAUACAUAUACAUAUACAUAUAUAUAUUUUUGUUAUGCCUAAAUCAGCUCUGAUUUAGCUUCGAAAACUUCAUUAAUUACACAAAUUAUUGUUUUUCAAGAAAGUAAACUACAUAUACAACAUUGUAUAUAUAUUUUUUUAAUUUAAUUGAAAUUAAAAAUUUGCAGCAUUCACAAUUUGUAAUACAUUUAAAUAUUUCGACAAAAUUUAAAUACUUCUUAUACUCAAAUUCAAAAUAAAAAUCUAAUUUUUAACUAAAUCUUAGACAAUGGGGAUGUUCGAGCAAGCAAAUAACUGCAGCAAUAUUACGACACUUAUGUUUUUCUGCAGAAACGCAGCUAUUACUUUGGUGUACUGUAAAAUUUUUGCGUCGAAUAUGAUUGCUAUACUGCCGCAGUGAUUGACACUCGAACAUACCCAAUAUGUUAAUGCACAGCUUAAGGCGAAUUAAGGAGUUAUAUCCACUUGCGAAGAUAUAUCCACAAAACGCGUUUUUUCGUGAAUUAUUUUUGAAGAGGUAUUUCAUUUAAUAAAAAAAUAAAAAUAAUAUAGGUUUACAGAAUCUUAUGUACUUUAAUAAUCGGCGAUUGAUUUUGAAAAACUUUGGAUACCCUUGAUCACGUACCGAAUCUCUUGGAGGACCUCCGACAAAAGCUAUCAGGCGAGGAGGAAGAUUUUUCUGAAAAUUUCGUUUCGAGAAAAACGCGUUUAAAAUUUUGGGAGCCGAUUGCACUAAUUAAAAAAAAUCUCACAUUUUCGUAGAAUAUUCUCAAUAUGUACAUACUUGCAAAAAAAAAAUCGAUUUUUUGAAAUUCACAAGUGGAUAUAACCCCUUAAGAUGAUGUGCAGUCUUUCAUAUUGUUAAGUUAUACCGACUGACUUCUUCGAGACUUGACAUGGUGUUUUAUCGAAAAUCUUAACUAAGAAUGAAAACUUUCAAAUUAUGAUAAUAUUUAGAGAAAUAUAUUAUUUUUUAAGCUUUUUAGAAAAUAUGAAUUUGUGUUGACACUGAAAAAAUAAUAUGCUCUAAUAGAAAAAGUUAAUGCGGUUGCAUUUAAUGGGUGUAUUUGGCGAUUUUUAUUAUAAAAAGAUCAUAACUAACAUAUUUCGAAUUUUCUUUUUGCAAGAUUCAAAAAAAGUUUCAUCCAUCAUUUCCAUAAUUUCAUAAUAGUAAAACAUUUUUAUCGCAAUAUAAUUAACAUUACCAAUAUAAAUUAUGGAUUUUUUAUUAAAAAUUAGGUAAUAAAAUUAAUAAAAAUUUAUUUUUAUUGAAAUAAUUUUUUAGUUGAAAAAUGCUGAAAAUUAUAAAUAAAUAUCUCAACUCUUUAAAAAAAUUAAUUCUAAAAUGUUAGUUGCGCUCUUUUUUCACCUUCUAAACAGGGUUGCGAUUUUAUUAAUUAAGAAUUUUUAGAUCAAAAAUUGUAAAUUUUAUUUUAAAAUAAAAUUUAAUUUUUUAAUCCGGUUUUGAGAAAAGAAAUUUGAAAACUAUUUUUAAUUAAAAUUUUAGAAAUAACAAAAUAAAAAUAAAUUAAUGUAAAUGUCAAUUAAAUUUGAUUAGUUUGAAUGCAUUAUUUGCAACCCUGUUUCUAACCUUAAUGUAAAUUCAAAACUUUUCUUUUUGUUAAUUUUUAUUUAUACAUUUGAGAUUAACAUUUGUUCUAUUUUUCAAUCCGGUAUGUGAAAAUAAAAUUUAAUUUUUCAAUUCGGUUUUCGGGAUUAGAAAUUUUAAAAUUAUUUUGAAUGAAGAUUUUCGGGAUUACAAACAAAAAAACAAUUUUAUUUAAAUGUUAAUUCAAUUCUAUUUUUAAUGUAUAGUUUGCAACCUUGAUUCUAACCAACAAAAUAUUACUAAAAAUAUUAAAAGAGAUAAUUUUUCAUACAAAUGCAUAUGUUAGUAACUGCAAAACUCAUACUAAAAUAUUUAAAUGAUGCUUUCUACCGAUAUUGGUUAAAUUAAUGAAUUAUACUUAAAUUCUUGAUUUAAACAGAUAUUUUUUUCAAAAAAAUUAUGUAUCUUCAAUUUUUUCAAAAAAAAUAUUAAGUAUUAAUUCAAACAAAAAAUAUCAACAAAAUGCAAACAAAAAAUAUCAACAAAUAUUUAUGUACAUUUUUUUCGAAAACUAAACUAUUUCUAUGCAUUUAUGAGGACAAAUUGUGUAGUUUUCGAAAUCAGCAAACGCUCUAAAGCGAAGUUGAGAAAAUGCGCUCAAACAUACAGACUUAUAACAUUAAAGUAGCAGAAAAUAAAAAUGCAGAAAGAGAUACAAAAAUAUACUAAAUAGAAGUAAAUAUAUAUUAAAUGAGUUAAAAAUGCAUAUAUUGACAAAAAAAAAAACAGACAAAAAAUUUAAAAAUAAAAUUGAAAAAAUUAAAAAUAAACUCGAAAGAAUUCUAAAAAUAAAAUUGAAAAAAUAAAAUGGAAAAAAUUAAAAAUAAAAUUUAAAAAAUAUUAUUAACUUAACAAAUUGUGCAUAAAUUAAUUACGAAUAGUAUUCAGUUCAAUCAUUGUACGCAUUACACUGUGUAAGAUAAGAAUAUUACUUACAAUAAAUGCUGUAUAUUCAAAUUCAAAUCAUCACACAACAGAGUACGAAUAUUAUUUAUAAUAACAUAUAUAAAAUAUUUUAACGAUAACAUGUAUGUAUGUGCGCAAACACUCACAGACGCAUACAUAAAUAAAUAAUAUUAUUUUUAAUACGAAUUAUAUUUAAGUGCUAGUUAAGUUAAUAUAAAUUACGAUAAAUACCACAACUCUUUGUUAUAGAGUAAAACGAGAAAGCAAAACAACAAAAAAAAAACAAUUAUAUUAAUAAAAUGCAACCUUGCAAACACGUAUUAAAAUUAAAUUUAAAUCAUAUUAAUAAUGAAAAAUUUAAUUGUAAUCAAAUUAUUGUGAUAGCAGCAUACAAUUCAUUUAUUCAUUUAAUCAUAAAAAAAUAUAUGCAUGUAAAAAACUUUACAAAAACAAAACUAAAAGAAAACAAAUAUUUAAGAAAGAAAGCAACGUUUGCAUUCAUUUUAAACAAUUUUUAAUGGAACAUAGCAAGUGAAGUAAGCUUAACAAAUUAAUUUUGCUAAUAAUAUAUACCGUUAAACGGUCCCCGCAACCCCGCAGUCGACAUUUGCAUGUGGGACGCAUUUGCAAAUCAACACCCUUUUUGAUGCAGUGCAAGUUUUUUGCGCACUUACAACAAAUUUGAUAAAAAAUAUUAUAAAUUUAUUCUAUGUAAAGUCAUUAUCCGAUAAGACUGUGUUCCAUCUUUAUCUAGAGUGCCAAUAAAAGCUUUUUAGGGCGCUGCACUCAACGCAGUACGUGAGGGUUAUGGAAAAUUAAGCUCCUUUCACAUAAACGAUACGUUGCAGUUAAGGAGGUCGUCUACCUACGCGCUCUAAUUUCGAGCCGACGAUAGAUUGCAAAAA